AUGCGUUCCGUGCUAUGUAUACCUUGGUUGGUACCCUCCGCAGUAGCAAUGUCAGCGGAUUUGUUAAAACUGCACAGUGGCAGCCAAAUACUUCCAAAUGACUCCGCAUAUUUACAAGAGAUGUUCCCAGCCUUGAAGACAAGCUGUGUCAGAGAGGCCCUGAAACCUAUAUUCCCGCGAUGUCUUACAGAGGGGUUUGAUACAAUUUCGAUAGAGGCUAAAGUUUCAGUUGCCGUGGCUUUGAGUUUUUGUCAGUUUGAAACGUCCAAUCUGAAACAUGGCUGUAACAUAGAAAACACGGUAGAUGAUAUUCGGGAUUGUAUGGCUAUGUACGGCUUAAUUAACGAAUGGUGGACUACCUACAAUGGUUACUACCAGAAUCUGUACCAAAUGUGUGACAGUAACGAUAUUUCAGUCCAGAAGGAACAAAUCUUGAACACUUUUAUUAAUGUCACACAUUGGGUUAAUGAUUUGAAUGAUCAAUGGGGGGAUCUUUUUGACGAUUGGAUGGAGGAGGUCAAAUCCGGGGCUAGCGAAAAAAUCGGGGAGUUCAAUGAUAUAUUGGAAACCGAUCUUGUCAGUUUGAGACAGGAAGCUGAAAAGCAGCAGUUCCAAAUGACUAACAAUUUCCAUUCAUUCUUUGAAGAAUUGAAAAACCUAAUGGAGAAGGAAAGAGAAGAUUUUUUGAAGGAGUUUCAUUUCAAAGAUGGUGCGAUAAUAGACGGUUUAGAUCGAAUACAGGAAGCUGCUUCAGAAUUGGCUUUGGAAAUAAACGAUGACUUAACCCUUCAAGUGCGGCAAAUGAAGGAAGCCGAAUUACAAAAUUGGCAAGAUAUGAACUCGAUAACCGAGAGUACCUUAUUAGCCAGAAAGGCUGAUCAAUUGACAGUAGGUAGAGAACUUGAAGGAUUUGUUUAUGAUACACGGCUGCUGCUCGGUCAAUUGACGAAUGAAAUCGAACAAAUUACACAACACUCCGUGAAGGAAGUUCUUGACGAUACACUAUCAUUGGAAUUAGGGAAUAUCCAACAAAACUUCUUCAACAGUUGGAGAGAGAUAACCAACCAAAUCAAUGGAGAAUUGCAAUUUUGGAACGAUGGAAUUGUCGAGAAACUCACUGGCAUAUCCAGCUCAUUAGACGAUAUGACACUGAAAGUAAAUUACCUGGAGUCUAGAUUCCAACGUUUUUGGUAUAUGACAAGAACGAUAUUUACGUUUUUGAACCCUGUGUAUUGGGUCUCCAUGAUUGGUAUCUUUUGGGGGAUUAAGUAUGUGUGUCCACAUUUCUCCGUUUUGUGGAACUUUGUAUCGGCAUCCUUCAAUUGGAUUUUAGUCCUCUUGGCUGUGUAUUGGGGUGGUCAAUUUGGUUCCAUUCUGAUAAAUAUAAAUCGGGUCUAA